GAAAUUACGGUUGUUCUACCGGAAGUGGGCGGGACUUUUAGAAUUGCGUCGCUUCCCCUUUAAGCCGGUGCGGAAGUGAUGGGCAGAUUGCCGCAUCGCGGGGCAGAAGGUCAGGUGGGUUGUCGGGUGAAUUUCCACAGCGAAUAAAUGCCAGUGUGAGCGUGGAUUGGGUCUGUGACGGUUCUUGGAGCCUGAGCGGCUGAAGCUCUCCUCAUGUCCGGGUCCCGGUGCGCGCGGCUGGGCGGGCCGCUGGUCCGCCAGCUGCUGGAUUCCGUGGACAGCGUGCUGUUCGACUGCGACGGCGUGAUCUGGCGGGGGGACCAGGCCAUCCCCGGGGCCGCCCGGGUCAUCAGCCUGCUCAAGCAGCGCGGCAAGAAGGUCUUCUUCGUCACCAACAACAGCACCAAGACCCGGAAGAUGUACGCCGACAAGCUGUCCUCUCUGGGCUUUGACGCCGCGGAGGACGAGGUGUUCGGAACCGCGUUCUGCUGCGCCGCGUACCUGCGGUCGGAGUGCGGGCUGCGGGGCAAGGUCUACCUGGUGGGGAGCGACGCCAUGCGGCAGGAGCUGGAGGCCGUGGGCAUCCAGGCGGUCGGCGUGGGGCCGGACCCGGUGUCCGGGAAGCAGCUGGACUGGGCCAGCGUGCCUCUGGACCCGGAGGUCCAGGCGGUGGUGGUCGGGUUCGACGAACACUUCAGCUACAUGAAGCUGAACCGAGCCAUGCAGUACCUGACCCAGAAGGACUGCCUGUUUGUCGGAACCAACAGGGACACCAGGCUGCCUCUGGAGGGGGGCAAGGCGGUUCCAGGUACGGGCUGCCUGCUGCAGGCCGUGGAAACGGCCGCCCAGCGCCAGGCCCAGACGGUGGGCAAACCCAGCCGCUUCAUGUUUGAGUGCGUGGCGCGGCGGUUCGGCCUGCGGCCGGAGCGCUGCCUGAUGGUCGGCGACCGGCUGGACACCGACAUCCUGCUGGGCUCCGCCUGCGGCCUGAAGACGCUGCUGACCCUGACCGGGGUCAGCACCGCCGCCGAGGCCGCCGCCCACCGCGACAGCGGCGACGACGAGCGCCGCGCCAUGGUGCCCGACUAUUAUGUGGAGAGCAUCGCCGACCUGCUGCCGGCGCUGCAGGGAGAAGACGACCCGUCGCUUUGAAGGGAAUAUUUUAUCACUUGGCUUAAAGCUGCAGAUGAAACGUUUAUAAAAAUGUAUAUUUAUUGAAAUGAUUCUAUGGUGAGACAGAUAAUCUGUGAAAAAACAGAGCUCCUCUGCUUUCUCCAAAUGCUAACUAGAAACAACCAAGCAGGCAGGAGGCGGGGCUUAGCGCAGUCAAUCAUGGCUUUUGCUCGCUGCUAUGCUAGCAUAGCUAAGGCUAGUUAGCAUAGCGACAGAUGACAGUGGAUAAACGGUUUUCCUUUAUUGGUAGGUUGUUUCUCUUCUGUUAGCACAUUUAGCAGCAGUACAUGAGGAUGAUUGACAGCGCUAAGCCCCGCCUCCUGCCUCUGAUUGGUUGUUUUUGGUUCAUUUCCUCAGAGCAUCUGGAGAUCUGUCUGUCCACUGAUUAUCUGCCUCGUAUUAAACUGGUGACAGUGUUAACUAACAUGUAAAACUUACUGCAGCUUUAAAUGGAGUCACAGCUGCAGGAAGAAUAAAUCCAGGCUGUACUUAAUGUUUUGACUAGGCCAUUCCUAUGAUGGAGAGCCGCCGUCUGCAGUAUUGUUUCUGUUUCAGUUCAUGCAGCUGUAAGGAAGCACUUUGUCUCCAGCCUGUCUGUGAUGUCAUUUCCUGUUGAGCAUUGCCAUGUUCAGCCUGCAGCUGUUGGUUCUGAAACAGGGGUGUCCAAAGCGUGGCCCGUGGGCCAUUUACGGCCCUGGACUGAUUGUUUUUGCGACCCACGACUCCAAUUAGAGAUAAAAGGUGGUCGAUGCAGAUGGAGGAUUUUGUUUUUAUUUUAAAUCGGGGCAAAAUUAUUACAGCCAAGUUAAAAUCUUACAAUAGAAAAUGUUGGAUGCAGCACCAAGUAUUGAUCCCCAAGACGUUGUGAGGAUCAUACCCAUCCAGAGCUGCUUCUGAUCACGUUAUUAAACUUGGUUUUACUUUUCAAUUAAAGUGAUAAAUCUAGGUUAUAAAAAGCAUAAAAACAAAAAUGUUUUUAUGCUCAGUAAAUUCUCAAAUUGGACCUUUUCUUUUAGAAGUAAACCUGUUUGGAUCAGCGAUUAUUUACACAUCCCUUAAAAAACAUUUGACUAAUUUAAUCCACUGGUUUAUUAUUAAGUGGAUUAAAAAGUCAGCAUUUUGUUUCUUUUUGUUUCUUGGUGACCAGUUUGGACAUGUCUGCUCCAGAAUCUGUUAAGUUCCUGUUGGGUUCAGUUCGUGGUGCAAUGACAAGUUGUGCAACCAAUGCAUUUGGAAGAUGUGUGAGGGGCUUUUUACUGGUAUUAUGGAUCGAAUUAAAAGUAAUUUUCUGCUAAAAACACAAAUUUUGAUUAUCUCAAAGGUUUUCUAGAAAAGAACUUGACAUUUUUGUGAGUUUGAAAACUCAAAAGUUGGCUACAAGAAUCUAAAAAAUUUUCCAGAAAAACUUAUUUACUGAUUUUAAGUCAAAUAAUUUCUGGAAAAAAUUAAAAUUUUAGAUUAAUCUCAGAAAUUGUCUAGAAAAAUCAAAAAUUGAAACAUUUUGACUUUUGAAAUGCAGAAAUUUCCAAGUUUUUCUAGAAAAUUUGUGAGAUUACCUUCCAAGUUUUAGUUUGUUGGCGGAAAUCUAUUUUUUUCCAUCUAUGGCCGUACCACGCCGUCGCACGUUUCUGACCAGUUUGUAUCUAAAUGUUUAAGAUGUAUCUGGAUGUUUAAGAUCCCCAAUAAAGCCAGUAUUUUCCCAGC